GGAACUUGGCGAACUUGAUUGAGCGUUCUCUUGCUAGGCCGUAAACGACAGUCCUCCGAGACCGCCCACCCCGUCGCUCCGAAACAAGCACACACCAGCCGCGAAUCCGGUCGACGAAACCUCCGUUCUGUCAUCCCGAAAUUUAGGCCCAACAUGGCCGACGAGGAAGAUUUUAGUUCCUUGCCGUUGAGCGACCGCUGGGUGCACAAGGUGUGGAAAGUGCGCAAGGCGGCAUACGAAGAGGCCGCGCAGCUGUUUGAGAAGACACCCGACGAGUACGACCCAGUGUUUCGACCGUUCACGCAAGAUUCGAGCUUGUGGAAGUCAGCGGCGGCCGAUUCGAACGUUGCAGCACAACAGGAGGGUCUCGGGGCGCUCUGUGCAUUUCUCAAGUUUGGCGGUCGCGAUGGGGCGCUCCGAGCCCGGCAGCAGGCCGUUACACCGAUCGCCGAAAAGUGCUUGUCGUCCACCAGAGGCGCCACCAAGGCUUCCGCGCUCGAGGCUUUGCUUCUCUUCAUCGAAGUUGACGUUCCCGGGCCGGUAAUCGAGGAAAUCCUCCCUGUCCUCUCAAGCAAGCAACCCAAGGUCAUCGCAGCGGCCCUGGCGUCCUUGACACAGAUCUACCACAAUUACGGCUGCAAGACCGCAGACCCAAAACCUGUACUCAAGAUUCUACCAAAGGCGUUUGGUCAUGCAGACAAGAAUGUCCGAGCAGAAGCCACAAACCUCGCCGUCGAAUUUUACCGAUGGCUUCGCGACGCGAUGAAGCCCAUGUUUUGGAACGACCUAAAACCAACCCAACAAACCGAUCUCGAGGCUCAAUUCGAGAAGGUCAAGGCGGACGGUAUGCCCAAGCAAGAGCGUCUCUUGAGGUCGCAACAAGCGGAGAAAGAGCGUGCUCCGGCCGGCGGUGCGGAUGAUGAGUACGAGGAAGACGGCGGGGAAGUUGAGGAAGCAGGGGAAGUGGACGCGUUCGAUCUCGCCGAGCCACAAGACGUCAUCAGCAAGAUCCCGAAAGACUUCUUCGACAAUCUUGCGUCGUCAAAAUGGAAAGAAAGGAAGGACGCAGUCGAGGCCAUGAACGCCAUUGUCAACGUGCCGAGGAUCAAGGAUGGCGAUUUCAACGAGGUCAACCGCUGUCUGGCCAAGUGCAUGAAGGACGCCAACGUCGCCGUCGUCACACAAUCAGCCAUGUGCAUCGAGUUUCUGGCGAAGGGCCUGCGGAAAUCUUACGCGAGGUACCGCUCCAUCGUGAUGCUCCCCAUUAUUGAGAGGCUGAAAGAAAAGAAGCAAACGGUGGCCGAUGCCCUCGGCGCCGCUUUGGACGCCGUCUUCCUGUCGACAAAUCUCACCGAUUGUCUUGAGGAUAUCACCGCAAACCUUGUGCACAAGAACCCGCAGGUGAAGGAGGGGACGAUGAAGUUCCUUGUGAGGUGCCUGAGGACAACACGGGAUGUCCCCAGCAAACAAGAGAUUGCGGGGAUUGUUGAGUCGGCCAAGAAGUUGCUUUCAGAGUCAAGCGAGGGACUCCGUUCUGGUGGUGCCGAAAUCCUAGGGACCAUCAUGAAGAUCAUCGGCGAGCGCGCCAUGAACCCGCAUCUGGAGGGGCUUGACGACAUUCGCAAGACCAAAGUCAAGGAGUUCUGCGAGAGUGCGGAAGUCAAAGCCAAGGACAAGCCAAAGCCGCCGCCACCUGCUGCUCGCGCACCCCCUGGUGGCCCGAAAAAGGCGCCGGGCGGCGGUUUGAAGAAAGGUCCCGCCGGUGCGAAAAAGCCCGCCGCCGUGGCUGCACCCCCCGAGCCUGCCCAGGCUGCUGCUGCGCCCCGUCCCGGGCCAGCAAGCAAGCUGGGCAUGCCGAAGCCUGGUAGCCUUGGUGGUCUCAAAGCGCCUCAGAAGCGCACACUGGGUGCUCCUGGCGCCGCCUCACCACGUCGGCCAGCCCCGGCUCCAUCACCCCCUCCUAUGGAAGAGGAGGAGGAGCCGGUUUCCCCGCCGCCUGCAAAACCCCCGCAACGCCUAGGCCUUGGUCGUGGCGGUCUUGCCGGUCGCUCCCUAGCGAAGCCCGCACCACCAUCCAUACCUGCUGCGCCGCCAUCCCCAACGCCCGCGUCGGGUUUCACAGCGAUCGAGCGCGCCGAGCUUGAGGAACUUCGCGACGCCAACGAGCGGUUGCUGAAGGCGCUAGAAGACGCGCGGCACGAUCGGUCCAAGCUGAUGUCGGAGAUACAAGAGCUCAAGAACCAGAACGCCGGUCUUAUUGAGGACCACACAAGGGAUGUCCUCUCCAUCAAGGCGAAGGAGACUCAGCUCGUCAGGGCCCGCAGCGAUGCCGACGCAGCAGAGCAGACGAACGACCGUCUACGGCGCGAACUCGACAGGCUGAAGCGUGCGUUGAACAAGGCGGAGGCCCUCAACGGCUCGGGGAGCCCCGGUUCGCCCAGCGACCUAGGCUUCAGGACCAUGAGCCCAACCCACGACGACAUUUACCGCGACGCAUCCAACCCGAACCGAAGCCGUAUGAGCAUAGCGAGCACAAUGAGCGACGAGAAGGAGAACGGAGAGGGCAUGCCGCCCCCGCGCACCAAGCUCAGUCCCGACCUUAGGUAUACCGGCAGCAACGCGAGUAGCGGCCGUGGCAGCCCGGCAAGGGGGUUCAGGAGGGAUGUCAGCAUGGAAGAGAAGGAACCGAGGUCCGCAGACACGGGGUACAACAACUACAACGACCGUGCAAGCAGUAGGUCUGACAGCCGAACGGGGCGAGAGACACCCACGAACACCAACCCGACUUCUGGGAUGGAGAGUUGGAAGCGAGCAGCUGAGGUGACAAGCCAGCUCAAGGCACGGAUUGAGCAAAUGAAGGCAAAGCAGGCCAGCACACGGCAGUAGCAUUGCCGUUCCGGUACCGUUGAGAAGAAUGCUUCUCCCUCUCCUGGAGAGACGGCUCGGGCCGGAGAUAAGUCCCGUUCGCCGAAAGCUAACUAACCCGGCCUUUGCCGCGUGAUCCCGAUUCCCUCCCGGCGGAUUAUUUUGGUUCGCAUAAUCGUCCUGCAUUUCGACGGCGUUGGUUUGGGCGGGAAUCAUACCC